AAAAGAUAUAUUUGUCCUAUAUGCCGUAAAAGAUUCACACGCAGUAGUUAUUUAAGAAUUCAUGCACGUAUCCACACGGGAGAAACGCCCUUCUCAUGCUCCAUGUGUAACAAGAAAUUUAGAUACAAGCGUUCUCUCAUUGAACAUGUUGCCGACCAUAAACAAAUAAAACUUUAUCACUGCAACAUUUGCGACAAAGAAUAUAGUCGCCAGAGUACCGCACUCGAUUCACAGAAUUUAUAUUUGAAGAAAAGACUAAGCUUUACAUGUUCUAUCUGCAAAAAACACUUUGCAAAAGAACAUUUGAUACGUACCCAUAUUAAAAGUCAUGAACUUGAUGUGAAUCAAAGUUACACCUGUUCUUUGUGUGCUGAGAAACUACCUUCUGUGAAUGCAUUAAAAUCACAUGUUGUUCAGCACGCUGUCGAUAUUGUUAUAUUUUGUAGUGAAUGUGGUAAGGUGUUGAAGUCUGAACGACAGUUAACUCUCCAUCUGAAAACACACAACCCUUCAAAAUUCGUUUGUAAAGAAUGUGGACGUGAUUAUAAGACUCAGUAUAAUUACCAGAAACACUUGACGUGGCAUGAAACAAAACACGAAAUAAAGGCAAAGAGGAAUAGAAGAGCUGAUUGUGAAAUAUGUGCCAAAUCUGUUCGUGCAGAUUGUAUGAAAAACCACAUCAGAACUCAUACAGGGGAAAGACCAUUUCAAUGUGAUUAUUGUGGUGCAACGUUUAAACAAGGCACUCAUUUGAAGACUCACAUUAAAAUCCAUACCGGGGAGAAACCUUACCAAUGUAUUUAUUGUGGACAAGUGUUCAGAAAGACUGGUAAUCUGGUUGUCCACAUGAGGAAUCAUACAGGAGAGAAACCAUAUAAAUGUAAUGUGUGUAAUGAAAGUUUUAAACAUCUAGCUAUUUAUAAAGAACAUUUAGCAUCACAUCGUGGAGUGUCUUUGUACCAGUGUGAAUUUUGUGGACAUAAAUACAAGAGUCGUAGUGGAUAUGACUGUCACAAACGUCGAAACCACAAGAAAGAUGCCCUUUUUAAGUGC